CAAAGGGCCAGCGGCUACCACUGCUCAUUCCCAGAUCCAUACCUUCAUCUUCAUCUGUACAUAGAGGAAUCUGGUCAGGACCAUGGCCACUCUCGCUCCGAUUCCCACGGCCAAGAGGCAAAGGCUCAACGCUGCCGCCGAGUCAAAGAGAGUUGCAGCACUCGUUGAUGAGGGAAAGCUCAACCCCACAACGGACAAUGUCAUCAUCCAGCUCCAGUCUUCCGUCGAUGGUGAGACACUGGGGCCUUCCAUCAGCUUGCCAGCUGGCAAUACGGGGCAGAGAGAGUUGCAGAUGAUCGUUAACCAACUGCGGAGGCAGAGCAGAGCAGGCAAGAAGAGGAGAGUGGAUGAUGGCAGCGAGUCGCAGGAGGAGGACUACGAUGAUGAUGACGACGAGGACCUGCCUUUUGCCUUCCAUCUGGACGUCUCUACAAGUGAAGGCACCUCAACACAGCCCACACGUCUGGACAUCACCACCUCCAUCUCGCAAGACGUAUUGCAGGCUGCCUUUGCUCGCAAGCUCGACCUCAGCGCCGAAGACACGCUGCGAAUCGUAUUUGAGCCACAGGCAGUCUUCAAAGUCAGGCCAGUGAGGCGGUGUAGCAAUACCUUGAGCGGCCACGCUUCUCCGAUCCUCUAUUCCAUUUCCUCUCCCUCCUCUUCACUGUUCCUCACCACUGCCGGCGACAAGACUGCACGGUUAUGGGACGUGGAUGCCGAGUUGCCUCUUCAUACCCUCAAGGGCCACAAUGACUGGGUCCUUACCGCCGCUUGGGACCCACUGGAGCGGAGAUGCGCUACAGGAGAUAUGAGCGGUGUCAUCUACUUGUGGGACAGCAUCGACUCAAAGUCGUAUGGUGUCAAGGGGUGGGGCAGUAAGAGCGGAAAGCAGGUGGAAGAGGAGCGGAUGGCUGCCCUUGCUCAAGAAGCAGGGGGCGUCAUGCCGACCGAAAAGCCAAAGAUGAAGGUGGCGGAGAAGAGGGCCUUGCGCCAUGCGUCUCCUCCCGGAAAGGUCUUGAAGGGCCACACAAAGUGGAUCACCUCGCUAGCUUUUGAACCGGCUCACUUGAACGCCUCCUCCCCUCGGUUAGCUUCCUCGUCCAAGGACGGCACAGUGAAAGUCUGGAACACCUCCACACGGACCUGCGCCUUCACCCUUGGCGCCCACUCUUCUUCUGUCAAUAUUGUGCGGUGGGGCGGGGAGACGACUUCCAGCGGCGCCGGAGUGCUGUACACUGCAGCCAACGACAGGACAGUGAAGGUGUGGGACAGCGCAGACGGAAAGUUGUUGCGUUCUCUCGACUCGCACGCUCAUUGGGUCAACACGCUUGCCCUCUCUACCGACUUUCUACUCAAAGCUGGCGCGUUUGACGAGCGGAAGGGCGGACUGAUCGAAGGACUGAGCCUGGCUAGCUCUUCGGCCGGAGAGAUCCAGCAGGCAGCUCUCAAGCGCUUCAAAAAGUUCACAGCUCAGCAGCCGGAGACUGUCGUCUCGGGUUCCGAGGACCACACUCUGUUCUUCUGGCCUCCGCAGGUGGGGGGAGACAGGACUGCUGGCGAGGCGGGAGGCAUCACACCCAAGAAGCCCCUAACGAGGAUGACCGGCCAUCAGAAGAGCGUGAACCACGUUGCCUUCUCUCCCGACGGGAGGUUCAUCGCCAGCGCCAGCUUCGACUCGAGUGUGAGGCUGUGGAACGGUCGAGACGGCAAGUUCAUCGCAACUCUGCGUGGUCACGUCUCAUCAGUGUAUCGUCUGUCCUGGUCAUGUGACUCGCGUCUCCUCGUCAGCGCCAGCAAAGACUCAACGAUGAAAGUGUGGGAUCUCAAGACGUACAAGAUCAAAGUCGACUUGCCAGGGCACGACGACGAGGUGUACUGUGUGGACUUUGUCGGCAACAAGGUUGCCAGUGGCGGGCGGGACCGACAAGUCAAGAUUUGGAGGGCAUAGUGGGAAAUCGUCACUGGCACAUCUCAUCUCACCCUUUAUCAACGAAAAAGCACUGUACGAUUUCCCGACAUCAUAUUGUCCACAAAAUCAUAUCUUACGCGGGUGCGGCUAUACAGUAGAG